AUGUGGGCAUACGCCAAGGGGAGAGACAUCCUGAUGGCAUUUGAAGAAGAUGUCGGUGCUGCUUUUGCAAAAGCCUGUGAGCUGGACAGUGAUAGUGAUGCAAUCCAUCUUGCCCAUGCUGCACAGAUUGUUCAUCGUCACAUGUUUGGAGAAGCCAAGCCCUUCACAGGAUUCCCUGAAGGAUGUCAAGAAGAAUCUGUGGCAUCGUUGCUGCUUGCCCUAGUCAGUAUGAUCCUAGAGGGACCCAACAUCAAGGAACAGAUGGCAGGCACUAACCCUGCAGCAAUUUCUGCAGCCCAGAUAUUGAAGUUCAACAGCAUCAAACACAAGCGAACACGUGGCACCAAAUCAUCCACCAGUGUCAGGCACAGUGUUGCACAGGAGACCCACUUCCAAUAUACAUAG